UGGCCUGAUACAACAACGUAACGACCAAGCAGUAUAGCAAAAAGUCAUCUUCCUCAGCGCCCCCUCGACUGCCUUCAAUUUCGGCCAACCGCCUUAUUCUCAUGCAGGUAAACACCCAAACCCGAGUCCUUUUCCUCGAAGAUUGGCUGCGCAGCACCGCCGGAACCAGUAACGCUCCUUCGCCGGCUGUAACCGCAGUUUCCGCCCGAUCGAUCCUUCAAGCGUGGGCUGAGCUUCGUGACCCUUCUGUCCCUUCUUCCGACCCCAGUCGCCUCGUCGCUGCCCUCCAAACCCUCGACGCCGCACGCUACUCCCUUCAAAUCGCAGACCCGCAAGCUAAACUCCUCAUCUCCCUCCUCUCCUCUGACCCACCUGUUCCUCCGAAUUCCCUCUCUUUUCUAUUCCGUCUCCUCUACUUCUGGCUCCGCAAAACUGCCCGCGUCUCUCCUUCGCUCGUCAACUCCGCCGCCGCCGAAAUAUCCCGCAUUUUAUCAUCUCGGCCACAAUGCCCCGCUAUGUCUGUCCUCCUUCUCGGCGGCCUUAUUGCUACCCCUGCCCUCGAGUUCUCAUACAGACGGGAUUGCCUAGACCUCCUUUGCCGGAUAUUGGAGUUGGUACAGCUAGAAGAAGAGGUUGUCGCCGAGGUUUUUGCUGGUAUCGGGUACGCUCUCUCUCGCUCGGACGAACCCUACUUCAGUAAAAUUUUCUCAUUCUUCCUGAGAGUUUGGAAUAGAGGCUCGCCUCCGGCUUCAGUGUACUAUGGGCUUAUGAUCCUCAGUUUAUUGGAAUGGUUGGUGACGAGUUUCAUAAAUUUGAGAUCUUUAGAGAAAGUAGAGGUUGUUUGUGGAGAGCUAUCUGCUGCAAAAUGGGAGGCGAGCGGCUAUGCUCCGUUUGCUGUUUCAAUGGCUUCUGCUGGUUUUUUGAGGGCUUUCCGAUUUGUUCCAGCGACGAGUAGGGUUAGAUUGAGUCCUGAUAUGAGGAAUUCAGUGGAAGGGUCUAUAAGUUCUGUUGCUUGGCGCGUGAUUUCCAAUUUGGAUGGAUCUUUAGAGAGAAGCCAUCUUCUUCGGUGUAUCUCUAUUGGAUUGGCUCGAGCUGGCCCUGUUUCCUUCAGCGCUCCAAUUCUUCUGGCUCUCUGCACAGCUUUGUUGAAGGAAAUCUUCCCGCUUGGAAAUUUCUGCAGGAUGGCAGUUGAGAUUCAGGAAGGAAGUUCGGUGGAUUUUGUUCUUGAGAAGCUCAAGAGACAUUUGGAUAGUGUUGCUUUCAAGGAGGCAGGUGGAAUUACUAGUGUCUUCUGCAAUCAGUAUGCUUCUGCAGAUAAGGAGCACAAGGGGAUUGUUGAAAAUUAUAUGUGGGAUUUCUCUUUGGAGUUUUACUCAAACCUUCGUACGUUUGCAUUAGUGCAUCGAGGGAAGCAUGAUCAGUUGCUUGAAUAUCUUGAGAAAGUUGCUGAAGCUGCAUUUCUUAUGAUUGUUGUCUAUGCUGCAGAAGUUGCUAGCCAGAAGUUGAAUCCUAAAUCAUCCCAUGGGAUCCAACCUGAAUCUUCUGUUAGGAUUUUAAUUGCAUUUUCUUGCAUAGAAUAUAUGAGGCGUGUUAGGUUGCCAGAGUAUACAGAUGCAGUUCGACGUGCUGUCCUGACCAUGCAAGAAAAUGCUGCACUUUGUGUCUCAUUUGUAGAGUUCAUGCCUUCAUACUCUGAGCUAACAUAUAACCAAGGUUUAUUUGCUUUGGUGGGGGCAAGAUAUGUUUGGUCUGAAGAUGAGGUGCAGACAGCCAGAGUUUUGUUUUUCCUGCGUGUAAUACCAACCUGCAUCAGCCUCAUACCUGCUUCAGUGUUUGGAAAGCUGAUAGCCCCCACCAUGUUCUUAUAUCUUCAACAUCCUAAUGAGAAAGUGGCUAGAGCUUCACAUUCUGUGUUUGUUGCUCUUAUGUCUUCUGGAAAAGACUCUGAGAAAGAUGAGAGACUGGAUUUAAAGGAGAAGCUUGUUUUCUAUUACACACAGAGAUCCUUAGAGGCUUAUCCUGGCAUUACCCCUUUCGAAGGUUUGGCUUCUGGAGUUGCAGCUUUAGUUAGGCAUCUUCCAGCUGGAAGUCCGGCCGUAUUUUACUGCAUCAACUGCCUUACUGAAAAAGCUCUUGAUCUUUGCAAAGAAUAUAUUAAUGAAGAUGCAGAUGUGUGGAGAACUUGGGAAGGAAGCUUAGAAACAUGUAAAAAGGUUUUGGAUUUGCUUAUGCGACUCAUCUACCUUGUGGAUAUACAGGUAUUGCCUUACCUUCUAAAACGGUUAGCAGAGUUCAUUCUGCAACUCCCAGAAGAUGGGAAGAAGGUGAUGCUUGAUGAACUCUACGCCCAAGUAGCAGAAUCGGAUGAUGUUGCGAGGAAACCAGUUCUCGUAUCAUGGCUACAGUCGCUCUCCUAUUUAUGCUCACAAAAAGACACCUUAAGAAACCAUCCCAAGAACUUGAUUUCUCCAUCAAAUACUGCGGUGAGCAUGAAUGGGACUAGUGGACAAAUUCUACAGAGCAUGCUCUAGUAAUAAUGCUGUAACGAUUGAUGUGCUCAAGGUAAAUAUUUUUUAGGAAAAUUAAUAGAACUAUUCAGAGUUGUUCUGUGUUAGUCUUGAAAAAUUUAUUUAUUAGCUUCUGUAACUAUGGAUCUGAAUUAAUAAUUACUAAUCAGGAAUUGAAGAUUGAUUGGCAAUAGAAUAUAUUUUUGA